CACCCUACCCGUGAACCCAAUGACACCCUGCUCGAUCGAACCCUGUCGAGUGCAGCUCCUACAUAUCCACCAGUCCAGCUAGGGUUUUUCUCAGUCGCAGUUCCAAGAUGUCGUCGGAAUCGGCAUCUGCCUCAAACACGACGCACUCGACCUCAUCGCAGUAUUCUUUCUUCGGGAGCUCCUACUUUCCUCUACCAUUCCAUCUCCAAAACGCAGGUCCUACGCCUAAUCAGCCUUCAUACUUGUCUACCCCAACGGCCCCGCCGCCGGUUAGGAUUCCGUCCGUGCCCCAGGUUUUUCCUCCAUCCUAUGCUGGGUCUUCGACUGGGUUGUAUUCAUUGCCUCAGUACCACCAGGGGAGAGUCAAACUCAAAAGGUGCAAUGAAACAUGCGAGUGCUUCUCAUGCACGCUUCCAAGCUCGACAUCUGCACAGCAAUUGUUCCAACGUGAUGCUCAAACUAUCACGCCAGAGGCGCUAGAAAGUGUGAAGGCUGCACUUGCAAGUAGUGAAAAUGAACAUAAAGCUGAAACUAAGAAGAAAUCGAUCCCACGUAAAGCGGCAGGACAGACUUGGGAGGAUCCAACAUUGGCAGACUGGCCGGAGAAUGAUUUCCGAUUAUUUUGUGGAGAUCUUGGUAAUGAAGUUAAUGAUGAUGUUCUUUCAAAAGCAUUUUCUAGGUUUCCAUCAUUUGCUAUGGCGAGGGUGGUGAGAGACAAGAGAACGGGUAAAACCAGGGGUUUUGGAUUUGUCAGUUUCACUAAUCCUUCUGAUCUUGCUGCAGCACUGAAAGAAAUGAAUGGCAAGUAUGUUGGGAACCGGCCUAUUAAGUUGCGAAAGAGCAAUUGGAAGGAGAGAACUGAUGUUGAUGCCCAAGAAAGGCAAAAGAACUACCCUCAGAAGAAGCCAAAACCGUUGAAGAAAAGUGUAUUGCAUAAGUGAUUGUAUAGGCAUCUCAACGAUUUGAUUACUUCGUCAGCCAAGUGAAGAUAGCGGGAGAUAAACACCUUGGAUGUAAUUGUUGUGGACAAGGUUAGAGCUUGGCUGGCCUAUGGAGUGGUUUUGCGGAAUACAUCUAGAUAAAAUCAGACGGCAGUUGAGUUUUGUUUUACGAUGGAAUGCUGGAACUGGCUGUAGGAAUUAUAAUCUUUUUAUUGUGGCAUGUGAAGAUGUGAAGAAGUUAAUCUUGAGCUAAUCUGAGAUAAAUCAAAUAAAAUCUGAGUUUUUAUUGAUUUUUA